GUUGUAGGGUUGUGGUGGUAGUUGUAGAGCCGUGGUGGUAGUUGUAGGGUCGUGGUGGUAGUUGUAGGGUCGUGGUGGUAGUUGUAGGGCUGUGGUGGUAGUUGCAGGGUUGUGGUGGUAGUUGUAGGGUUGUGGUGAUCGUUGUAGGGUUGUGGUGGUAGUUGUAGGGUUGUGGUGGUAGUUGUAGAGCCGUGGUGGUAGUUGUAGGGUCGUGGUGGUAGUUGUAGGGUCGUGGUGGUAGUUGUAGGGCUGUGGUGGUAGUUGUAGGGUUGUGGUGGUAGUUGUAGGGUUGUGGUGGUAGUUGUAGAGCCGUGGUGAUUGUUGUAGGGUUGUGGUGAUCAUUGUAGGGUUGUGGUGGUAGUUGUAGGGUUGUGGUGGCAGUUGUAGUGUUGUGGUGGUAGUUGUAGGGUUGUGGUGAUCAUUGUAGGGUUGUAGUGGUAGUUGUAGGGUUGUGGUGAUCGUUGUAAGGUGGUGGUGGUAGUUGUAGAGCCGUGGGGUAGCAACAGAUAAGCCUGUGUGGGUCUGGCAGGUUAGUUGUGUUGGUCCCGGCAGUGCAGUUGUCAUGGUGAUUACGGUGGUGACGGCGGUCAUACACGGUUGGUAGAGGAUUGGUUGGACGGCCAGUCCGGGGUGAUCAGUACAACGGAGACGGUAUGUGAGUCGCUGUGUUGGGUCGAUGUUUAGGGACUGUUGGUGGAGAUACAUGAACCCGGCAGGCGGUGAGAUUCUGGGAUCCUUGUGUGGUGGAGUUGGUACAUUGGUUGGCACCGUGGUAUCGGAGGGUGUCGGGUUCUUCUGGUUCUACAGAGAGGACCCCGGAGGAGAGAUGAAGAAGAAGGCGAAGAUCACCGAGGAGGAGCUCAACAACUUCCUACACAACACGGGGGACGUCCGGCGCCGCCGCGUGGCCCGCAUGGUGGAGGAGGUGCAGACGAUCAUGGUGGCGCUGACAGCGCAGGUCAGUUCCUGGGAUUCCCGAUUUCAGAGCAUUUCCAACUCCGGCAUCCACAGCGACCACCUAAAGGUGAUGGCGCCCUCCCAGCUUCUGGUCACAGUUCCCCUUCGAGGCCUCAGUGGUUUCCGCCAUAGACGUUCUCGGCGUUGGCGGUAUUACACCCCCAGUGGGGUCCGCCUCCUCACCCCGGUCAUGGAGCCCGAGAAACUCCACCAAUGGCUGGAAGUGGAGCAGUUCCAGAAGAGCACCCCCCAGUGGCAUGACGGGGAUGUGAACAUUCAGGGGGAUGUGGUGCCCGCCCGAGUGGUGAACGUCUUCCAUGGGCUCCUCCUCCGAGCCAUUCCCGCCUGUCACCUGUCUGACAAGGUGAGUGUGAUGGAGUCCAUUGGCCCGAUCAUCAGAGUGAAUGUGGAGACUUCCAUCCAGACGGUGGACGUGGAGUUGGUUCCUGUGGUAGAAGUUCCCAGCGGUUGGCCCCGAUCGGCCCGCUGGCCCCGCUUCUUCAAAAGAUGGCCCUCCAAGGACAAGGCGAGAUGUGUGAAGUCCUUUGGCUUUGACCUCAUCGCUCGGACCAAUUACCACUGGCAGUUGUCCUUCCUGCGCGCUGAGCGCCUCCUGCUGGAGGGGAUGGAGGAGGACGGAGGGUGUCGGAUGAAAUGUUUGCGGGUCGUUCGGCAGUUGAAGGAGGACGUUUGGUGUCCCGGAACUCGGCCCGUCAUCACAUCCCAACAUCUCCAGAUGGUCCUCCUCUGGGAAUGUGAACGGAACCCGUCCUCCAAGUCAUGGCUGGAUUUCGGAUCCUGUUUCCUUCGCCUGGUCCGCAGACUUCUGAAAUGUUCCAGGCAACGCUUCCUGCGCCAUUACUUUGUCCGACGGGCGAAUCUGCUGAAAAAUGCCGAUGCCAACCAGCUGGACAACCUCGCUGACAAACUGGCCCGCUUCUUGCAGAAGCCUUCUCUGGACAUGGCUUCACUCCACGGCCACUCCUUUACUUGUUAAAGACGGCCCCUGCGGAGCACGGAAGGCGAGGCAUCACCGAAAGCCCCUCCUCCUUCAGCUCAGGACAUAAAGAGCCCCCCAAAGGGCCCCUCUAGCCCAGUACAAGGGGGGCAUGGUGGACAUUGAAUUGUCCAUGGGCUUUUCCGAAUCAUGUGACCUCCUCUGCACAGAACCCGGCCCCCGAGGAUUAUCCUAUCAUUUGGAGUUGUGGCGUCACAUGGUCUGACUGAGUGAAGGAGGGGCUACUGAGGAACAUGGACUGCGGAACAAUGGACUCUUCACCAGCCUCCCUUAGUAAAGGGGCACUCCUUCCUCCAUCAUAUCUCUCUAUCGUAUCUCACGGCUCUACUGGGCCCUUCAGGGAGGAGCUGAGGAACAAGGGCCCAUGGACUGGUCACAAAGCUUCCCUAAUCAAGAGAUAUUUCCCUCAUGACUGCCAUGACAGGGACAGACCUGCUGGUAACUGAGCCUGGAUGGUGAGGGUGUAAUGGGUGUUUAGGGUCGUAUCCAGUGGCAUAACUAGGGGGGGCAGGGGGGGCCAUGACCCCCCCAAAAUUAUACUGUGCCCCCCCCAAUUAAAAAAAACUGACUCCGGGAGCAGUCUGGAAUGCAGGGGACUGGGACAGACUGCACCCGCGGUAGCACUGGCUCUGACUAUUUCU